AUUCGCUUCCAUAGUUCAAUGCCCUCGUGAAGGUAUAUAAACCUGCCACCACAUCAUUGAUUGAUCAGCUCUUCAUCUGAAAAAUAAGCUUCUUCUUUUCAACUCUCCAACUCAACUCCUCUUUUUCUCUCUCUCACUGGACAUGGACCUCAUGUCUACACCGUUUACUGGCAACUGGAGGAGAUACUGGAGAAGAAAGCGAUACCAGAAGCUCGAUGGCGGACUAACUGGCCGAAAGAAUACGAAAAUGGUGAGAUUUGGAGGUGGUAGGCCACGUAGAUCUGCUUGGAAGAUCAGACCGAAGCUGAAAAUAUUAAAGAUCGCAGCUGCUUCUCCAUUGAAGCUUGUGAGGAAGGUAAAGAAUGCUUAUGUUGAUAUGAUGCUUAACUUAGCAGGGAGUGUCGGUUUCUUGAAUGAUGAUAAAGUGUUUGGAAAUAAACGAAUUCCAAAAGCUAGGCAGGCUGCUAUUGCUGCUUCUUAUUCUAAUGAAGAAUUUGAAGCGAGGCUGGUUUAUGAGAUCUAUAAGGCCUUGAAGGCAACUAAGUGAGGUUUGGGAUUUGAUUAUCCCUGUGUAGACUGUAGAGCUGUCAUCUUAUUUUGCCUUCAUAAUUUUUAGGAUUUUAAUUCCUUCAAUUAGGGAUUGAUUGCUCUUGAAUCAUCCAAUUGAAGGUUGGGAUGCCUUGUAUGCUUCUUAUUCCUUGUAAUAAUUUUUUUUUU